GCCCAUAAGAAAGAAGAGUAACUAUACUUUCUCAGCUUUUAACAGUAAAAAAGGUAAAUUAUAAACAAGAAGAAGAAGAAGAAGAGGGAUCUCCGAUUUGUCAAAGAAUGGUGGCGUCGUUUAGAUGGAUCCUACAAUUACAUAAAGAUGUACCAAAAGCUGCUAAUUUCUACAAACAAGGUCUUGAUUUCACCGUUAAUGUCUGCACCCACCGUUGGGCCGAACUCGAGUCCGGUCCACUCAAGCUCGCUCUCUUGCAUUCUCCUUCCAAUGAGACAGCAGUAGCUCAGAAAGGAUACUCUUCACUGUUAUCGUUCACCGUAACCGACAUUAAUAGCAGUGUGACUAAACUCAUGGCUUUAGGUGCACAGAUGGAUGGCCCUAUCAAAUACGAGGUCCAUGGAAAGGUUGCUGCAAUGCGGGGUAUUGAUGGUCACAUGCUGGGUCUUUACGAGCCUGUUUGAAGCUUUACACCCUGUAUACCCAAAUAACUAAUUUUAUUUUUAACACAAGUCUAGUUUGAAAAGCAAACAAAUCAUAACUUCCUCUUCUUAAGCUCUUGUGCGUGUACACAUUCUGUAUGCUGCAUAAUGCUAUCCCUGGUGAGCCUUCUAGUAUCAUGCUGCUUUAUCAGCACCCGUAGUUUUUUGACCUUGGAACUUUUACGGGAGGGAUGCCUGCUGGUGGUGGACACACAAAAGUGAAGUGAAGCAGGGUAUGCUUGAACAUUGUAAUUUUGGUUAUUUGCUUUGGUUAUGACUCUUGUAAUAUAAUUCAUAUUUUUGACGCUAGAGGCGAGUAGGAGGUUUUUGAUACUUCGGUUUACUUGAUGGUAAUGGAACAUGUGUUGUACCUAGCCAAGCAUCUGUUCAAACCAAAGCAUUAGUUCCAAGAGUCUGUUCUAUUAAAUUGUCCCUCAUUAGUUAUACAAUUAUGAAUGACAGGAUUUUGUGCAA